AUGUCGCUCGACGUCGAAUGCGUCCUCCCUUGCGAUUUAUGGGCCCCAUGCAGUGUCCUCUGUCAUGGAAGCACGUUUUAUGAUCUGUUCGAAGCUGCCAAGGACGCCCAUAACGAUGAAUGCUUUUGUAGCGGGCGCGCUGCUAUGGACGAGAGGGUGGCUGAAUCGCGUCCAGAGGGGUGUACCACUGUGGCAUGGUUUUUCGAUGCGAGGACUCGGACGGGUUCGAAGGUUCAGCUCGAGAUACCCUUCUUAGUAAGUAUCUUACCUUACCCUCUGCAUAGCUCCCUCGCCAUCACACUCCGAGGGACUGAUUGCAGUCAAUCUACCUUACCGUCAUGCUCUCUCACUGGAUAUCAGGACAUUUUGUCGUCUCCUGGUGUCGUAUGGAUUGACAAAACAUCCUGUCUUACAGAAUUAUGUAGCCUCGCGACUUUUGACCCCAGGCUUGUUCUUGUCCGCCGUCCCGCAGUCUUUGAGAAAACUUCAUUCCUGGCCAUGGCAGAAUUUUUCUACGACGUCAAACAUCGCAACUCUCCCGCAUCUCGCUCUGCAUUAUCAUCUACGUUGAUCGGAGACUUUUAUGUUGCAAACACUGAGAUACACAAUAAACUUGCACGCAGACACAGUGCUGACCUUUGACCUGACCUGACCGCGACAUGCGUAACCGAUUUCGAAAAGUCGCUUGUCGAGCAUGUCAACACUGACUUGAAACGAUUUUUGGACAAGUACCAACAGGAGAUCGAAUUCGCACCAGAGAAUAUCUCCUCUCAUAUUUACGAAGUUGGGAUCCACUCGUUGGCUGGAGUUUUGAACCUGGCAAGCUGCUAGUUAAGCAUAAAAAUUC